UAGGCGCGUCUCGCUCCCUGACAGCAUAAUUCGCCCCAAUGGGAAACUUAACAUUUGCGUCUAAACCUCGCUUCUUCUCCGUGUUAAAUGUCACUGGAUACCGUCACAGCCGAAGGACAUGUCCGAAAGUUCCUCAGGAGUGAACACAAGCAGUGACAGUCUCCCCAAAUCUCACACGUCUCAAGGCUCCGAGCUCCGAGACACCCACACUCCUCUCUCCGUGGAACAGAGCCCAGACUCAGGCUUUGUCACCACUCCACUGCCCUCUAACCGCUUCAGGUUCAUCUCGUGGCAUCGGCUGGAGGAGAGUGAUGUCCGUGGGGACCAGCUCAGCUGUCCCAGGGUCAGAGAGGCAGGCCCUAGUGAGGAGGAGCUGUACCUGAGGGGGGAGCAGUAUGCACUGUACGCCAGCGGGAGCAGGAGGGGGAGGAGGAGGAGGGGGGAGGAGGACCAAGUACAGAAGUGGGAGGAGAGACUACAGGAGAACUGGGAGAACUGCGUGGAGCUGAACCUGUCCUAUCAGGAUUUGGGAGAUCCAUACCAGCUGGAGAACUUCAUUCGGAUCCUGCGGAGGCUGAUCCGCGUGGAGAGGCUGCAGCUGGUGGAUAACGCUCUUAAAGACCUCAGCUCUGUCCGUCUGCCAAGAUGCAAAUACCUGAAUUUGCACCGCAACCACUUGACGUCGAUCCGGCAGCUGCCAAAGAUGCCUCAGAUCCAGCACCUGUGCCUGUCUGAGAACGGCAUCGGGGCCCUGGGGGAGCUGUCGCUGCUGGGGGCCACCCCACUGCAGUCCCUCACCCUGCGCCGCAACCCCUGUGAGUUCCUGGAGGACUACCGGCCACGUGUGUUCUCCUGCUUGCCAAAACUCUGUGUUCUGGACGGAAUCCCAAAGCUGCCAGAAGAUUCCGUGCCGUCUCCGAUGUCUGCGGCAUCAAGACUGUGCACCAUUUUGUGACGGACGCUCCACUCCGGGAUGUGGAUUUUUUACUGUGAAGAGAAGACAAAAAUAACAAGGAAGUGCUCCAAAACUCUUCAGGCAAAAAACUUGAAGAGCCAUCAAGUGUACAAAGUUUUAUAUACAGUAUUAUA